CCUCAGUCAACACAGAAUCGACCUGUACUCCUUACCCAAGUUAAUAUAACUGGAGUCAACAGACUUACAUAAAGUACCAUGGCACUUUCCGCAACGAAGGACACUAGUCCAUGGACCAACAUGGUGAAGAGGGUAACAGCGAGCAAAUACGAUGUAGUCUCGGUCAAGACGCUGCUGAUGUUUAUCAACAGCAAACUGGAUUGCGAAUUGCGAGGCUUUGAGGAUCUGAAAACAGGAGCAGUAUAUUGCCAACUGAUGCACAGACUCUUUCCCAAUUCGAUACAAAUUCAUAAGGUCAAGUUUUAUACGAACGACAUCAGCGACUUUCAGUUAAAUUUCCGGUUACUAAACAAUUGCUUUCAAAAACUAAGAGUAACCGUUUAUAUGCCAGUGCAUGAGUUAACUCUGGGACACAAUCAAGUGGUCUUCUGCAAUUGGAUAUACAAGUUCUAUGAAGCAAACGACAAGGGGAACGAAUACGAUGCCAGAAAGGUGAGAAAAGGCUCGCCAAUCGGUUUAGACAAUAGUUAUAAGGUAGCCUCCAUCUCAACUGGCAGCACCUGUUCAGUGCAUAAAUGCCAGUCGAUGGUCUUUAAUUAUGCAAAAAAGCCCGUCCGAUUCGAGAGGCAAAACAGCCUCGAUGCUCUAUCAUUCAGACCGGGCAUCUUUAAGAGUAUUCGUAGGGAGAAGCCAACCGAACAGGCGAAUCCAGAACCACAGCAGACAAAGAAUAUCAAAAAGUCCUCACAAUUCCUUGCCGAGAGCAAGCACGUUUCUCUGCCAUCGGAUAGCGAAGAUGAGUUGGAACUUAAAGCCCAAAAACGUUAUUUGCAAGAUCAGUUUGUGAAAAAGCUCAAUAGCAGUAAGAAUGAUGAGAAGACUGGCACAGACGCAACGUCAAAAAUCUCGGAAAUUCCAAGACCAAAUCCAGAAAACGAGCAACUAAACACUGUAUGCGAAAAGUAUGAGCAGGAAACGAGUGAUCUGCGAUCCAAUCUUAAUUUGAUCGACAAACUAGAAUUACAGCUACAAAACUUACAGAUUGAUAAGGAAAAGCUGACCAACAAGUUGUCACGCGUGGAGUCAAUAUUAAACAAACACGAUUUAAAUCCAGAAAAAGCUGUUCUAAAAUUAAGAAAAUUGCUAUUGAACCAAGCACAAACGGCAAGAGUGCAUCCGCGUAAAGCGGAUACACUUAUUGAUGAAGAUGAAUUAACCAAGAAAGAAGAAUUCAAGUCUUGCACGGAAUUUUCUCGUCAGGAAGACGUUAAGUUGACGCCAACUCAAAUAAAAAAUCAAAAAUCAAAUACUAGGUGUUCGCAAACUAAGGUCAGAAAGAGCCUAAAGGUUUGAUGCAAAUGUUGCGUCCAAUUUAGAAUCCACGGAAUAUACAAACUACGUGAAUGUAGGCAUCUAAAGAAGAAUUACUCCAUCGGAUACGAUUUUGAUUUUCAUACAUAACACCUUAUGAAAAAAAAAUGUCUGCAAAAUUUCGUUCCAAAUGAAUUUCAAGAAUUAUAUAUUUUCUAUUUUCAACUGGACUGAAGUGUUAAAUAAAAUUUAUAAUGUGAAGU